AUGGCGGACAACACAGAGGCCGAGCCAGUUCCCCAAUUUGGCUUCAAGAAACGCGCGAAGGGCAAGGCCAACUUCCGCAAGAAGGCCGCCACACCACCUCCAGCUUCUGACUCCGGCUCCGACUUUACCUCCGACGAUGACGAAGAAGGACGCCGCAUUAAGAGACGACGCAAGAAUGUUGCAGUUACAGCUUCCUCUACCAACAACCCUAAGAGAGAUCCAGCUGCGGAUCAACCGUCUGCUGCAGCACCCGCCUCAUUGACAUCAAGCAACGACGCGACCAAAUCCUCAAACUGGUACGACGAAGAUCUCAGUGCGAGCAACCUGCUAGGAUCAACCCGCGCACGGCCACAGGAUACCGAGUCUGGCCCUGACGGCACAUAUAAAGGCACAUCAAACUAUACAUCAUUCAUCCAGAAGAACCCGGAUGCGCCCUCUAAGAAAUUCGGUCCUGUGAAAGCACCCCCUUCGAACGUCCGUACUGUCACUACAAUGGAUUACGCCCCAGAUGUGUGCAAAGACUGGAAACAAACAGGAUACUGUGGAUUUGGAGAUUCAUGUGUGUUCCUUCAUAGUCGUGAGGUGUAUGCGCAAGGAUGGGAAUUGGAUCGAGAGUGGGAGAUCGGAACCAAGGGCAAGAAGCUCAAGGGUCAGGUGGUCUCGCAACGAGGAGGAACCGAAAAAACCGUCGAGGACGAGGCGGAAGAUGAGCUGUUACAGAAGAUUCCAUUUGCAUGCAUUAUCUGCGAGAAGUCAUACACGAACCCGAUCAUUACAAAGUGUGGACAUUACUUCUGUGAGUCCUGUGCGCUGCAACGGUACCGGAAGAAUCCUUCUUGUGCAGCAUGCGGGACGGGCACUGGGGGUGUAUUUAAUGUUGCUAAGAAGCUCAAUACCUUGCUCGAGAAAAAGCGUGAGAGGGCACGCAAGUUACGGGAGAAGGCGAUUGAAGAAGGCGAGGAGGUUGGUGAGGAGGAAGAAGAUCAAAAGUGA